CCCAGCAUUGCUUCGGUUUGUUUUUCUUAGUUUCAGUUUUUCCAGGCCUGAUGAGAAGAGCCAGGCCAACUAAGCCUCCGAUCCAAUACCUGUUACGGGCGCAAACAACUUAUCUGUGCAGCCUAAACACUUACUUAACUAAGUGGAAAGCAAGGCAGUGAUUCCUGACAGGGCUGAAUUUAAGUCAAGUUGUGAAACUCCACAGUGCAGCCAGAAGCAGAGACGGACGAGUUGAACUGAAACCUGGGAACAUGUAAGGGGCGUUGGACCACUGCCUCUCAGCCAUUUUAUUGUGAGGAGAUGGAAUUCAUUAAGGUUAAAUAACAUUUUGCAGCUAGCUGAUAGUAAACCCCGGAUCCCGGAGGCACUCGGAUUCACUGGUAUCUUGCUUCAGAAAUUAGCAAGAAGACCUCGGACCCUGGCUGAGACAGGAAACAUGGAAAAUCCCCUGUGUGUCUCUAUUUUCUUGAUUUUGUGCAUCUUUAUCCAGUCAAGUGUCCAUGGACAAAGCCUGGAACUAGAGCCAUUUGGAAGAGGAUCUCAAGCUGUUGAAACAAACGAAACAUCACAGGAGACAGAAACAAGAUUCCUGCUCUUUAAGGACAAAACCGAUAAGGGCUGUCAGAUUCGGCUCAACCACCCAGACACAUUACAGCAGUGCGCCUUCAACUCCUCGUUGCCCCUGGUGAUGAUAAUCCACGGGUGGUCGGUGGACGGCUUGCUGGAAACCUGGACCUGGCAGAUGGCGGCUGCACUGAAGUCCCAACAGGCCCAGCCAGUGAACGUGGGGAUGGCAGACUGGAUGACCCUGGCCUACCACCAGUACACCGUGGCCGUCCGCAACGCUCGCCUGGUCGGCCAGGAGAUCGCAGCUCUCCUUAAGUGGCUGGAGGAAUCUGUGCAAUUUUCUCCAAGCAAUGUUCAUCUAAUUGGGUACAGCCUGGGUGCACAUGUCUCAGGAUUCGCCGGCAGUUACAUGGGCAGAAAGCACAAGAUUGGGAGAAUUACAGGACUGGAUGCUGCGGGCCCUUUGUUUGAAAACGCUUCCCCCAACGACCGUCUUUCACCAGAUGAUGCCAAUUUUGUGGACGCCAUUCACACCUUCACGCAGGAGCACCUGGGCCUGAGUGUGGGCAUCAAACAGCCCAUAGCGCACUAUGACUUCUACCCCAAUGGGGGCUCCUUCCAGCCUGGCUGCGACUUCCUAGGGCUCUACAAACGUAUCGCCAUGCACGGCUUGAAUGCCAUCACCAAGGCCGUCAAAUGCGCCCACGAGCGGUCAGUGCAUCUCUUCAUCGACUCCUUGCUGCACGCCGGCAUGCAGAGCACGGCCUACCAGUGCAGGGACAUGGCCAGCUUCAGCCAGGGCCUGUGCCUGAGCUGCCAGGAGGGCCGCUGCAACUCGCUGGGCUACCACGCCCGCCGGGGGCGGCAAAGCAGGAGGAGCAAGAGCCUCUUCCUGGUGACUCGAGCCCAGUCCCCAUUCAAAGUUUAUCAUUACCAGUUCAAGAUGCAGUUCAUCAACCAAACUGAGGAACCAGUAAAAGUAAAUUUUGCCAUAUCACUCCUCGGAACUAAAGAGGAAGAGCAGAAACUUCCCAUCACUCUGAACGGAGGAAUUACUAGCAAUAAAACCUAUUCCUUUCUUAUCACAUUGGAUUUGGAUAUCGGUGAGCUGAUCAUGAUCAAGUUCAAGUGGGAAAAUUACCAGGUGUGGGCCAACGUCUGGAACGUGGUCCAAAGCUUCAUCCCAUGGGGAAGAGGAACAUUCCAUGGGAAAGAAGAGCCCGUCUACUCAGGCCUUGCUCUGAAGAGCAUCAGAGUCAAAGCGGGAGAAACCCAGCAAAGAAUGACAUUUUGCUCGGAAAACAUGAAUGAUCCACAACUUCACCCAGCCCAGGAGAAAACCUUUGUGAGAUGUGAAGCAAACUCUAAAAAACUGAAGCGAAAGAUCAGAUGAGCUUUAACGAAGACCCAGUGUGAAGAAGAAAUGAUUUCAUUCCU